GAUAGGCUCUAGCACCCCCGCGACCCUCGUGAGGAUAAACAGUAGAAAAUGAAUGACUGAGCCUCUCCAUAUGUGAAUGAAUAUAUUAGUCUGUCAGCUUCAAUUGUUUACAAUGUUGACACCAGUCAACUGUACAUCUCAAAAAUGUUGUUCCUAUCAAAUGGUCUUAUGUCACUAUUUAUUCUAGUGAAAGUGUCACAAAUGUCAUGCAUUUUUGUGCCACACCUACACAAUCACACCCUGCAGCUCAUUCUCUACUGUGUUGCAGCCUGUGUGUACAUUCCUGUAAAACUGUGAUUUAAUGUUUUACUCUGCAACCCAAAGAAGCAAUCUUGAUCAAGUUCUUGACAGAAGCCCAGGGGAGGUGCACUUGGCUCGUGUUUGCCCUCGCUCUUAAGCAAUAUGAAGGCAGUCUGGCUGGAUUCCACUUCUAACUAAAGAGAGAGGCCCUGAAUACUGCAAGCUGUUUGUGUGUUUUAUCUGACACACGCACAAGGGGGGAUUACAGCUAUUAAGGCAAUUUCUGUUACAUGUGGUGUAGUUUAGGCACCUGUUUGACUUGUUCCGUAGUCGACACCUCCAAGAACGUGACUUACCAAAGAAAUGAACAGCAAUUGGGCGACUAUUGUUUGGGAAUGCGGACUUUCAGGUAACCGGCAGCUUUUGGAGGGUGUGAACUUUGUGUGUGCACUACAUUAAAGGUGUCACCAUGGAGAUGAUGAAGAGGGAGGGACAAAGUUAAAAAAAAAAGGGAGAGUUAGCAGAUGGAACUGACAUAGAGGGGAGUGAGACGUCCAAUGAAAGCAAGAUUGAGCCUGUUGUAGGGACUUACAACAUGGUUUUGGGAGCGAGACGAGCGUGAGGAAUACAGGAAGGAAUCAUUUAUUGCCCUCUCACACUGCAUGGCUUUGUGAGACAGAGUGGGCAGAUUUGCUGAGCUCACCACCACCACCACCACUAUGCUGACGGCUGCUGCAGCUGCUGCUGUGUGGGCCCUGGCCUUGCUAGGCCCAGUGCAAGGCUGGGGCCUGUCACUGACAGCUGAGGACAACACAGAGGAAGCAGACUUCAGCCUCUGCAGUCACAGCUUCUACAAACAGACGCCUCCCAUAGAUGGUUCUGAGAGAACGCCGCUGCUGCACCCUCGGUGUCACAGAUUACCCAACGGCUUUGACUUCGCCACUCUCCACAGGCCCGGCUGUGACACAGCUGUCGGCUCGGCCCUGCAUCUCAGCCACGGAUGGACAGAGACGCCAGGACGGGACGGGGAGGAGCUUGUGGCACUUAAAGAAGAUGGAGUGUUCAUUCCAGCCCUUCUCAAAGGAGGCAAUGAUGCAUCGUCAUCUGAAGACGCCCCCCUCCAACGCUGGGACUCAGCUGUCUCCACGCUGGUCCACUCCACUAUCUCUCCACAAUGCUCUUCUUUAAGCGGGGAUCUCUACAUCCUGACCGCCACUAGGGGGUGUCAGGCCCCACCGCUGUGGUCUGCCAUGUGUUGCUCAGUCCCGGGAGGGAAAGGCAGUUUCAGUGUGGGGUUGAUCAGUGCCACAGAUGAUGAAGGUCAACGGCAGGUGAGCAUGAAGGAACUGCAGGAGCUGCUGGGAGUGGAGGAGCUGUUCUCCGGAGGCUGUGAUGGAGCAGAUGUGGAGUCUGCAGGUGUCACAAUGAGGCUUCCCACUGAGGCAGAAACAGAGAACACAGAGGAGUCGACUGCAGAUUCUACGGAAGUACACUCCACAAGUCAAGAUCUAACUUUGGAAGAGCGGGACUCCGAAGCAAACGAGGCAGAGGAAUCUGCACACACAUCAGAGCGUAGCAGUGGAGAAACGACAAAUACGGGAGAAGAGGCAGUUUUGACACAUUAUGAUGAGGCAGGCGCUGAGCAGAAAGAUGCAAAUUCCAGCAGCAUUGUGAUGUCCAUCAUCUCCACCACUUUGACCAUCCUCAAAGCUCCACUUUGGCCCGUCUUCUCCAGAAUCACACAGUUUCCUGGACAGGUGACUUAUGUUCUUCAGGAAGACCUUGGAGUUCUCUCGGCCCUCCCAGGAGAUACGGUCUCCCUCUUCUACCUCCUGACCUCUGACCUCUUUUCUUGGAUGCACUGGACUGUAGAAAACCUGUUUGGUAUGGGCAAGAGUUGCGUCUACGGCCUCUACCACUGUAUCUCCUCCAUGCUGGGGGAGCUCCUGAACUGCUGCUACACGGGUGUCACAGGCAUGGGGACGCUGGCUGGUGACACACUGGGGAUCUUUGGCGAUGCCCUGGAUAACACCUGGUGGGUGACCAGGUUUUUCGGAGGGCGUCUGCUGGAGCAGAGCGGGGACUACGUAGGAACAGUGGCGAUGGAGAUGGGGGAUCAGGCUGCGGCCGUGGGUGGGGGGCUGGGAAAGCUGGCAUGGAGAAGUGGAAGUGGGGUUUUCAGUGUGUUCAUUGUGGGGGGCAGUAUCAUCUUCGGGGUGGUGAAUGUGGUGUUUGGUGCGGUCACAGAAGGCUUUGGACGGGAGACGGAAACAAUCCACACCAAUGUGCAAUUUGAGUUGCCUGAGUAGAAGCUAACGUUUUAAAAUGAAUUAACAAUGAAUAAGAAUAGAUAUUUUAUUCAAUUUCCUGUUGAAAAAAUAUUUGUUAAACAUUUGUUGUUGCUGAUAACCUCUCUUGUGUCAUUAAGAGAAGAAGGAUUCUA